AUGGAAAACGAGACAGUAAGUGAACUGAACCAAACACAGCUUCAACCCAGAGCAGUGGUGGCCCUAGAAUACCAAGUGGUCACCAUCUUCCUUGUGCUCGUUAUUUGUGGUUUGGGCAUCGUGGGCAACAUCAUGGUGGUCCUGGUGGUCAUGAGAACCAAGCACAUGAGGACCCCCACAAACUGCUACCUGGUGAGUCUGGCAGUAGCUGAUCUCAUGGUCCUGGUGGCUGCUGGCCUCCCCAACAUAACAGACAGUAUCUAUGGGUCCUGGGUCUACGGCUAUGUGGGAUGCCUCUGCAUCACUUACCUCCAGUACUUGGGCAUUAAUGCCUCCUCUUGUUCCAUCACAGCCUUUACCAUUGAGAGGUACAUAGCAAUCUGUCACCCCAUCAAAGCCCAGUUUCUCUGCACAUUUUCCAGAGCCAAAAAGAUCAUCAUCUUUGUCUGGGCUUUCACAUCGAUUUACUGUAUGCUCUGGUUCUUCUUGCUGGAUCUCAAUAUUAGCACCUACAAAGAUGCUAUUGUGGUGUCCUGUGGCUACAAGAUCUCCAGGAAUUACUACUCACCUAUUUACCUAAUGGACUUUGGUGUCUUUUAUGUUGUGCCGAUGAUACUGGCCACCGUCCUCUAUGGAUUCAUAGCUAGGAUCCUCUUCUUAAAUCCCAUUCCUUCAGAUCCUAAAGAAAACUCUAAGACAUGGAAAAAUGACUCAACCCACCAGAACAAGAAUAUGAAUUCAAAGACCUCUAAUAGAUGUUUCAACAGCACAGUAUCUUCAAGGAAGCAGGUCACCAAGAUGCUGGCAGUGGUUGUAAUUCUGUUUGCCCUUUUAUGGAUGCCCUACAGGACUCUUGUCGUUGUCAACUCGUUUCUCUCCAGCCCUUUCCAAGAAAAUUGGUUCUUGCUCUUUUGCAGAAUUUGCAUUUAUCUCAACAGUGCCAUCAACCCAGUGAUUUAUAAUCUCAUGUCCCAGAAAUUCCGUGCAGCCUUCAGAAAGCUCUGCAACUGCAAGCAGAAGCCAGUGGAGAAACCCGCUAACUACAGUGUGGCCCUAAAUUACAGUGUCAUCAAGGAGUCAGAUCAUUUCAGCACAGAGCUUGAUGAUAUCACUGUCACUGACACUUACUUGUCUGCCACAAAAGUGUCUUUUGAUGAUACCUGCUUGGCUUCUGAAAUAACCUUUAAUCAAAGCUGA